ACUUAGUUAAGCACAGUGAUCGAAGAAAUACCCAGCUGGAGGACUACGCGGUCGCGAGUUUUCUCAGUUUGAUCUUCAGCUCCUCACUUAUUAUACAUACAGUUAUAGUUAAUACCUACUUCUGGUCGCGAAAGUUGCAAUUUUGCAUUCAGCCCGAAAUUUUUAUUCCCGGAAUAGUGACCCGUCAUUCAAGUGCGAUUGUGCAAGUAAAUAGAGCGGAAGAAAAGUUGAAUCAAACAGAGUGCGGGUGAAGUUAUACAAGAGUGAAAAUGUUCAGCUGGCUAAAACGGGAACCCAAAACCGAGGAGGUUGUCGAGAAUGUGCUCGGGGAGCUGAAGAAAAUCUAUAGAAGUAAGUUGCUCCCUCUGGAGGAACACUACAACUUUCACGAUUUUCAUUCGCCCAAGCUGGAAGAUCCGGAUUUCGAUGCAAAGCCAAUGAUCUUGCUCGUUGGUCAAUAUUCGACCGGUAAGACGACAUUCAUUCGAUAUUUACUAGAACGGGAUUUUCCUGGCAUUCGUAUCGGACCAGAACCAACUACUGAUCGGUUCAUUGCUGUUAUGUUCGACGAAAAGGAGGGAAUCAUACCCGGAAAUGCGCUGGUCGUUGAUCCGAAAAAGCAGUUCCGCCCACUGGGAAAGUACGGAAAUGCAUUUCUAAACCGGUUCCAGUGUUCUUCGGUGCCUUCACCGGUUCUACGAGCCAUUUCAAUUGUCGACACUCCUGGUAUUUUGUCGGGCGAGAAGCAACGGGUUGACCGAGGUUAUGAUUUCACAGGAGUACUCGAAUGGUUUGCUGAGCGAGUGGACAGAAUUAUUUUGCUGUUUGAUGCUCACAAGUUGGACAUAUCGGACGAGUUCCGUCGUUCCAUUGAAGCACUCCGUGGUCACGAUGAUAAAAUACGAAUAGUACUGAAUAAAGCUGACAUGAUUGAUCAUCAGCAGCUAAUGCGUGUGUACGGUGCUCUUAUGUGGUCUUUGGGCAAGGUACUGCAAACUCCGGAGGUUGCUCGGGUAUAUAUUGGAUCAUUUUGGGAUCAACCACUUCGCUAUGACGUAAAUCGACGACUUUUUGAGGAUGAAGAACAGGAUCUGUUCCGCGAUUUGCAGUCCCUUCCGAGAAACGCUGCCCUUCGGAAGUUGAAUGACCUCAUUAAGCGAGCCCGCCUUGCAAAAGUGCACGCAUUCAUCAUUGCAGAGCUGCGCAAAGAUAUGCCCUCCGUGUUUGGUAAAGAUAGCAAGAAGAAGGACCUCAUCAAAAACCUCGGUCAGGUUUAUGAUCGCAUACAGAAGGAGCAUCAGAUUUCGCCCGGAGAUUUUCCCGAUCUCAAAAAAAUGCAAGAAGUGUUAGCUAACCAGGACUUUUCCAAGUUCCACUCUCUGAAAAUACCACUGUUGGAGGUGGUCGAUCGAAUGCUGGCCACCGACAUUGCUCGUCUGAUGAGCAUGAUUCCGCAGGAGGAAAUGACUUUGGUUUCGGAGCCACUAAUCAAGGGAGGAGCAUUCGACGGCGUGGAAGACAUAGUGUCUCCCUUCGGCUAUCGCAAAGGUGAAGGCGUUGACGCUGGCUACGGCGAAGUGGACUGGAUUUGCAAUCGAGAUCGUGCGCGCACUGACCCGCUAUUCGAAUCGUUAAAGCCAGUCGAUGGUAAAAUUUCCGGUGCUGCGGCAAAAUCCGAGCUUAUCAAAUCCAAACUACCGAACAACGUGCUGAGCAAAAUUUGGAAGCUCUCCGAUUAUGACCAGGAUGGUUUUCUGGACGUUGAAGAGUUUGCACUUGCGAUGCAUUUGAUCAACGUAAAAAUGGACGGUAACGAGCUGCCGACCACACUGCCAGCCCACCUUGUGCCGCCCUCGCAGCGAGGGCCCGAGUAGAAAUAAGCUUUUCCGAUAAGGGCUGCGAUGAGUUAUUGCGUGUACUUUUGCUUCUUCGCUUUCCUAUAAAUUUGAUAGUGCUGUGCUAGUCUGCUACAGUUUCUGCCUGCCGUCGUGUUGCCCAAUAAAGAACGGCGCCGAGACUAAUAUUCGUCUUAUAUUCCAAAUUAAGCAGCGGUCUUCGAUUAGCAUUCGGCUUGAACGCUCCUAAGUGCCGACCCAUGUUGAAGUUCAAGAGGUAUAUUACUAUGUUGUCUGUAAGUUUUCUUUACUGCAAGAACAUCUUAUACCAGAAACACAAUUUAUCUAAUUUAUUUAUAUAUACCUACUUUAGAACUAACUAGUUCAUUCACAUUUUUUGUUUGUUUUCUUAUUUUUAAGCGUUUUAUCACUUUAUAGCAUGAAAAUAUUUAUAGGACAUAUUUCUGUACCGACAUUGUGCAAUGCAUUUUUGACAGGCACUAAUUGAUAUAUCGCCGAGUACGUGUGCAAAUAUUUUUCGAUAGAAUUUAAUUAGAUUAUCUGAAAGAUGAGCACAGUUUGUUAUUAUGGUAAGGUCUGCAGUUCAUCACAUUAAUCUUUCUUUUUUACCAUUAUUUUUUUUAAUGACGCAUGUCCAUUUAGAUCUCAAAGCUCUGUGUCAUUCGUAAAAAUUCGGCAUUACCUUGGACCAAUUUCAUGAACCUAAUGCGUUCCAAAACCCAAAAUGAUGAAUAGUAUCAUCAAUAGCGUGUUCUCUACGAUCACUUAUUACGGUCCAAUAGAAGUUCACACUAAAUUCCCACAAUUUGAUGUAUCUUUUUGUUAAACUUUAGUUUGUGUUUACCGAUCACUUGAAUAGGAAGGAUACUUCUCAUUCAAGCACCCGAAUCAAUUUAAAAUCGCUCUCACCCACGCUUCAUUCCGAACCAUUUACUUCGCGACCAACCUCCGGCCAACAUCAUCACGUUAAUCGUAAUGCCACGCAAAUUUCAACCUCAAAGCCUGCCACAGAAGAAGCUUGCAAUAUUGUCUUACGUACUAGCGGGUCGUGCGACAACGUUCGUCAUUAUCAAUCACAUUUAACUUUCGAAUCCAUCAAUCAUGGUUGUUAGGGAAUUUUCGACAAUUAAUUACGCGGUGAACUGGGGUUUGAAUGGUAAGGGGUUUAUUCGAUAACGAAAGCGAAAGGGUUUGUAUAAAUGAUGCGUGUCUUCUGAUGAUGUAUUUCAGACUGAUAAGAAAAAGUGCGAAUCUCGGUGUCCUAUAGGUAUUUAUAAGAUCACUGCAGAGCUACGCUACAGGAAACGAAUCAAAAGGCCUUUCUGUUCGAUCGGUUUAAUUUGAUCGAGAUAAGAGAGAUAAAGCUAAUGAGCAUUGAUAUGAGUGCCUGAGGAUCGUAUCGAUCUACGAACGCAAUAGGGUUGAUAACCAUCUAAUGUAAACCUAAGAUAAAUCGCGUACAUAUGCCGCCCUCCGUUGAAAAUCAAAUUUUCAACCUAUCCUAUUAACUAAUUUUUCUAAUAGUAGCUCUUCGUGUUAACAAUAAUAAUUCGGGUAUUCUUCGGUAUUCUCCACGUGACUACUCGGCUGCUUGUUUAUAUCUGCAUGUGCCGAUUCCAAUGAUCAGCUGUUUCGUUCAGAUAUUAAUGUUGUUGAUUGGGAGGAUGCUUCAUUCAUCGGUCCGUACCGAUCAGCUGUUCCAUUGAUGCAACCCGAACGCAUGUUGUCGUGGAUGUCAUCAAUCGUUGUUUUUGUAGACGUCUGAUGGUUGUGGCGAUGAUAACGGUUAAAUGCUUUGGAUGAGGGUUGUAGCAUUAUAGCUCAUGGUUGUGGGUUGGAGCCAAGGUCGACGUCGCCGUAGCCAGCCAAUAUGGAGGAUAAAACAUUCUAUUACUUUUUGCAAAUUCUUAUAAAAAACAUACUCACAGAGUCCGAGGGCCCGCGAGCCCUCGGUCGUUGCGUAGUGCGAACACUACGAUGGAAGAAAGUUAAUUGUCAUCAUUAUCGUGGCUCCCGUUGGGUGGAGAUGGUUGACGAAUGGGUAGCACGCAGAUUUUGGAAAUUGCGCGCCUGAAUUCUCCGUCCUUGGUCCUCACUACCACGACACGUAUAUUGCCGUCAUCUGCUCUGAAGAUAUGCACGAUUCUGCCAAAACGCCACUUGAGAGGUGGCAGAUUCUCCUCCUUGACCAAAACCAUGGUUCCGAUGGCAAUAUUGUCUUUUUCACGGGUCCAUUUCGUCCGUGGUUGCAGGCCGGACAAAUAUUCUGUACUCCAGCGCCUCCAGAGUCGGCGAACGUAUUCUUGAACUACCUGCCAGCGAUCAAGUCGAUUAAUUGGUACGUUUUCUAGUGAUGGCUCUGCUGGGGCCGUCAGAGAGCGAUGGAUAAGGAAAUGCCCAGGAGUCAGGACUUCGAGGUCUUCAGGCUCGGCUGUCAUUUGCGUUAAAGGACGGGAAUUGAGACAGCUCUCUAUUUGAGCCAAAAGUGUGGUCAGUUGUUCAGCAGUUAAGACUGCGUUGCCGAUAGUUGCUCGCAGGUGCGCCUUGAGAGACCUUACGGCCGCCUCCCAUAAUCCACCGAAAUUCGGUGAACGGGGUGGAAUGAACUUAAAUUCGAUACCUUCUUCGGUGCAGGAACUUGUUAUGGACUGCUGCAUUUGUUGUGAGUUGAAUUGUCUUUUCAGUUCGGCUAAUUCUCGAGAUGCACCCUUAAAAUUUGUUGCAUUGUCGCAUUCGAUAAGACGUGGUUUUCCACGACGGGCUAGAAAUCGUCUUAAAGCAGCUAUAAACGAACCAGUAGAUAGAUCUCCGACCAGCUCGAUGUGAAUUGCUUUUACUGAGAGGCAAACGAAAAUCGCUAUGUAUGUUUUUGUAUGCUGAGAGCGGCGCUGAGGGUGUCGAUAAUACAGUGGUCCGCAUAGGUCCACUCCAGUGUGAACAAAGGGUAGUGUGGGAGACACUCGCUCAGGUGGUAAGUCGCCCAUUAUUUGGUCUUGCCCACGCGGUCGACAUCUGAAACAGCUAAUACAAGAGUGAACGGUGCGUCUAACGAGGUUUCGGAUGCGUAGCGGCCAAAACUUCUCUCGUAGGCCGGCGAUUAGGAACUGUGGCCCCGCGUGAAGCAACUUUUCAUGAUAAUAGCGUGCUAUGAGGUCGGUGAGCGGGUGUUUUGCAGGUAGUAUCAUAGGGUGCUUUCGAUCGUAAGAGACUGCAGCAUGAUGUAGUCUGCCACGAACGCGAAGAAUGCCUUGACAAACCAAGGGCGUCAGUAGUUUUAGCGGGGAAUUUGGUUUGACUUGGCCAGUUUUGGCUAUUGACGAAAGAUCUUCCGAAAAUAUUUCGCUUUGAGCGAUUCGUACUAAAGUUUUUUCUGCUUCCUUGAUUUCCGGAACCCGUAAACAUCCAUUUCUUCUGAGUACCAAAUUUUUGGGUUGACUAUUAUAGCAAAAUCUCUGCAUCCAAGCUACUAUUCGGACCAGAGCCAUGUACGAAGAUCGUAGGGAAAAAAUUGAAUUUACUGUUAUUGGCUGUGCGACUAAUGUGAUUGGACGUUCUUCGAGAUCUUGUUGAUCAAAUAAUUCGAUGUGCAGUGGUGACAAAGAUGGCCAAAAUCUUGGCUGCUUACUAAGCCAAUGUGGUCCGUGCCACCAGGUCGAUGUAUGCUGAAGCUGUUCGGGAUCCAUUCCACGCGAUAUUAUAUCUGCUGGAUUUUCUGAACCUGAGACGUGAGACCAGAUUCCCGAAGCUGUGAUAUGCUGUAUCUCGGACACUCUAUUGGCAACAAAGGUCUUCCAUCGAGACGGUGUUCCUGCUAGCCAGUGUAGGACGAUGGUUGAAUCUGUCCAAAAGAACGGUUUCGUGUUCAACCGAAUAGCUUGUUGAACCUUUUGGAACAGAUGAGCAAGCAGUAAAGCAGAAGAUAGUUCUAGACGAGGUAAGCAAAUACGUUUUUGCUUCUUUGUGUCACCCAGCGGAGCGACCUUCGAUUUCGCAGUGAGGAGAUUGACUGCGAUGGUUCCGUUUGCAGCUAUUGCUCGUAGGUAAAUGCACGCGCCGUAAGCCUUUUCUGAUGAAUCGCAGAAGCCGUGUAUUUCGAUCGAACUAGGUGAAUCUACUUGGAUUGCCCAACGAGGAAUGAUCAGGUCUUGAAGAGUGGUCAAACUAUUUUUGAACUCGCGCCAUCUCUCCUGGAAUUCUUCACUAAGUGGCUCAUCCCAUGUUUUCUGGUCUCUCCAAAGAUCCUGCAUACAAAUUUUGGCUCGAACAAUCACGGGACCGACAAGACCAAGAGGGUCGAAAAGUUUGGCAGCAUCGGAUAGUAUCGUACGUUUGGUAAUUACGGUUGACUCGUUCCAUUUAGGAAUGCCGAAAAUAAAUUGGUCGGUAUUGGUCUGCCACUGUAAACCGAGCGUUUUAAUAGCAGCAGAACUAGAGUCGAGCUCGAACAGUUGUCUUUCGUCAAGUAUGUCAGGCGGGAGAUGUUCAAGAACCAUUGGACAAUUAGAUGACCAUUUUCUCAAGGGAAAACCAGCUGAGUUGAGUACCUUUAGCAGCUGUGAACAAAGUUGCUGACCAUCGCAUAUAUCAUCAACUCCAGUUAAAAGAUCGUCCAUAUAAAAAUCAGACCCAACUAUCCUGGCUAUUUUAGGUUGGGUAUUUUGCACAGAUUUCGAUAACUCUUGUAGGCAUUUAGUAGCGAGAUACGGUGCACACGAUGUGCCAUAUGUUACUGUUGUCAGUUGGUAGGUACGUAGUGGUUCUUGUGGGGAAUUUCUCCAGAGAAUUUGUUGCAGAGCACGAUCAGGAGAAGGUACGGCCACUUGCCGGUACAUUUUUUCGACGUCAGCUAUUAUCGCAUAGCGAUGCAUUCUAAAACGAAGAACUAUCGAUAGGAGAUCGUCCUGCACAACGGGUCCAAUCAUAAGUGCGUCGUUCAACGACACGCCAGUGUCUGUUGCGCACGAAGCAUCGAACACUACCCUAAGCUUGGUAGUAAGGCUGUCUGGUUUGAUUACGCAGUGGUGGGGCAAAAAGUACGAUGGUAGGUCAAAUGGUGCUGACGGUUCGACCAUGUGGCCAAGGCGAUAAUACUCGGCAAUAAAGUUGCUGUAUGCUUCCUUCAGGGGUGGAUUUGCAUUCAAGCGACGUUCUAGUGCCAAGAAUCGACGAAUUGCGAUUUCUUCAGAAUUUCCCAAUGUGGCCAACACGGAGUUCCGUUUAGGAAGUUGUACUACAAAGCGGCCCAUUUCAUUCCGAACGGUAGUUGCCGCAAAGUGAGCCUCGCAAAGUGUUUCUUCGACCGAAAGAGUGCUUUUAGCAUAACAAGAUUCUAUUUCCCAGAAACGCGCCAAUUGUUCAUCAAUAGCGGUUGCUGUGCAAAUAUUAGCGAUACGAAGAGUAGGCGCUGACGAAUUUCCAACCUUACCGGAGACCACCCAUCCUAGUGUGGUUUUUUGCAGUACUGGCAAAUGGGGACCAAGUCUAACUAGCCCUUCUUGUAUGAGUUCGUAGUAUACUUCCAUGCCCAAUAUCAUAUCGAUCCGACCGGGUUGGUAAAAGGUGGGAUCAGCAAGCACGAUUUCAUUGGGAAUGGUCCAUUCGGCGGUGGCAAGAGCCCUGGCAGGAAGCUCGCGAGUUAUUCCUGACAGCACGUGGAAUGAAAAAUCAGCAAUGAAAGUUGAACAGUGAGACUUUAUUUUAGCGAUAACGAUAUGCGAUGAAACGACAGUAGAAUUUCCAACACCACCGAUUUCUUGGUGAGUUUUUAUGCGGCGUAACGUGAGCUGCUGCGACAAUUCCUCCGUUAUGAGAUUGAUUUGUGAUGCUGGGUCUAGCAAAGCUCUAGCCCAUACGGUAUGUCCGUUGAUAUCGGACACCUUCACAACAGCAGUUUGUAAUAAUACUGUGGCUGGAACUGAUUUUGUAUUUCUGAGCAAGGAAGUCGAAACGUGGCUUGUGGGUGGGGGCGAAGACGAGGUGAGGCUGGACGAUGGUGCUUGGUGCGAUGCGGGCAGAGGAGGAACAUUACUAUUUCGAGUAAACUGAGCGUGAUUCGAUGACGACAUUGGUGAUUGUUCAGAGAAUUUCGGUUUUGCUACGGGUUCGAGUAAGCGCCCGGUAUUUUGGUGCAACAUUGUAUGAUGUUUCUGGCUACAGACUCUGCAAGAGCUUGACGGACAUUGCUUAACGAGAUGUGAGUGUGAGAAGCAGUUAAUACAGAGCGAAUUUUUCUUGACUGCUUCGAAUCGUUGGGAUAUGGGCAUUGAUCGAAAGGUAUCACAAUGAAAGGGAGAGUGUGGCAUUCGUCUACAAAACGGACAGUUUCUAACCGGUUGGUUAGUGGUAAUCGCAUGAACCAGCUUUGGUUUCUGUAAGCGAGUAAAUUCAGUUUUCGGUGGUUCUACAAUUCGGGGUUUCAACGACGAUAUCGAUUGCAAAACGGUGCAAUGUUCUCGUAAGAACUCAAUCACUUCUGCAUAGUGUGGUACUUCAGUAGAACUAUGGCGUUGUUCCCAUUGUUUGAGAGUAGCUGCAUCUAAACGCGCGCAAACCAUAUGCGCUAGGAGAACACUCCAUCCUUCGACAUCAAUCCCUAUCUUUUUUACCAUAUUUAAAUUCCGCUCGUAAUCAUCAACUAAUCGAGACAAGGAAUCGUAGCAUUCCUUACGCAUAGGUUCGAUAGUAAGCAACGACUCAAUAUAACCUUUCACGACUAGUUUUUUGUUAUCAUAACGCUUUUUCAGUAAUGCCCAAGCUACUGAAUAAUUGGCUGAGGUUAAUUCGAUCGACUCUACAACUCUCUUUGCAUCUUUCGAGAGUGCAGAAACCAGAUAAGUAAAUCUUUCGAUUGGUUUCAGUUGGGUAUUUGAAUCUAUAAGACUGACAAAUGUGUCACGAAACGUAAGCCAGUUUGAUAAUGAUCCAUCGAACAAAGGCAAUUUUACUUCGGGCAAUUUAACACGAGAGAUAGUGGCUUCGGAAAAGCCUUGACCUUGAGGGAUUACACUUUGCACUGCUUGUAAUGUGGAAGCAUUCUGCUUGCGGAUCUCAGCGACUAAAAAACCAUACAUCGUCAUGUAAUCUUUCUCGAAUUUAUCACGUACAAUUCGAUUUUGAUCAUCUGUUGGGGGUAAAACAUCUUCAGCAAUUUCUUCUGUCUCCUCGAGUAAUUCGAUAUCUAAUCGAAUCUUUUGAAAGUCUGCAAAAAUACCUUCUAAUCGCUGCUUCCAACCUUCUAGACAAACGUUAUCUCUUUGCUCAUCGUAGGCGUUCAUCAAACCAAUUAAAUUCUUCAUUGAGUCAAUGCAAAACCGCUCUUGUCGUGAUAGCGUACGCAAAUUUGGCGCCAUUGCAGAGGAUAUGAGCGUCCGAACCGAAAAUCCUCAAAUGUACCAACAAAUAAAAUAUUCGUCACACUAUCUCACACUCGUCAAGCACCUAUCUUCAAUUGAACCACAAUGAGCAAAGAGAUUUGAUAUAGCCAACUAUAAAUGAGCACGUGUUUUUUAGUAUCAGACAAUUUUUCCGAAAAUAACUCAAAAAUGUUCACUUUUGAUCGGGGAUCAGUAAUCGUAGAAAUUAUAGAUGAACUCAGCAUUCGUAUGAAGCAAUUUUAUUAAAAUCUCAGGUAGAUGCAUGCACGUGUACUUACAAUCCGCUCGACGCUUCAGUUUUAUUGUUCCUACCUCCUUUGUUGAGCCCAACAAUAGCACCCAAGCCAAGCCUAGAUCCACCACGUUGCCCAGCGAACUGCAAACCUGUGCCCAAAUGUGUUCCAGCGACGAAAUUUUAAUUCACUUUUUAGAUUCUUUGCCGAACUAAGCGGUAUCACUUUUAUCUGCUUCGAUCACGAUAAUUGGUCCGUUUGCGUUGAAUAUAGUUUGCGAGGCGAUUUUGUCGUUCACAAAGCAGCGGUGCCGCGCGAUGAUGACAAUUCCGACGAAUAACUUAAUAUAACGAAUUUCACACGCGUAAUUGAUCCGGGAUCGAAGGACCAACUUUUUAUGUUAGGGAAUUUUCGACAAUUAAUUACGCGGUGAACUGGGGUUUGAAUGGUAAGGGGUUUAUUCGAUAACGAAAGCGAAAGGGUUUGUAUAAAUGAUGCGUGUCUUCUGAUGAUGUAUUUCAGACUGAUAAGAAAAAGUGCGAAUCUCGGUGUCCUAUAGGUAUUUAUAAGAUCACUGCAGAGCUACGCUACAGGAAACGAAUCAAAAGGCCUUUCUGUUCGAUCGGUUUAAUUUGAUCGAGAUAAGAGAGAUAAAGCUAAUGAGCAUUGAUAUGAGUGCCUGAGGAUCGUAUCGAUCUACGAACGCAAUAGGGUUGAUAACCAUCUAAUGUAAACCUAAGAUAAAUCGCGUACAAUGGUUUUUAAUCUCCUGCUCUGCAUAAUUUUUCACAAUUUUCUAGAUAAUAUACACACAGCAACAGCUUGGGCAGACGGACAAUCCGUAGUAGAAAAGUCUCGUUUAAAAUGCUGCUACCGAACGAGCGAAAAGUUGCGAAAAUACCUAAUAAUAAUAAUAUAAUUGUGUUGGCUUAAAAACUUGCAAAUUUUUAGUGUUAAGCUAUUUCGUUUUCAACAAUCAUCAGCUUAGUUGAUAGGAUAAGCCUAGGAGUGUGAAGAUUCAAAGUGAAGGCUACAUUUCUCAAGACUGGGUACUCUCUGAAGUUUUGAUGAACAGAGUAAAGUGUGUCCCCUAUAGAAAAAGGUGAUGUUGAUAUCUGGUAUUUGCAUAUCUCACAUUUUUCUCCUACAUCACUUUCACUAUCACAUUCAGAAUAAUGUUACUAGAAUAAAUAUCAAAUAUCAAAAUGCACAGCAAUUUGAACAUUGAUUAAGAAAUAUUGAAUGGUGCUUUUAAAUAAAUUUUGCUGCAUAGUUGAAUACAAAAAAGUAAUCCUUAAAACAUUAAACAAGAAAAGUUUUCUUGUUUGCAGUUGUGAAAUGAGACACAAGCUUGCGUCCUUUUUCCAUGUUGUGAUGUUUGCUAAUAAAUAGAUAUUUAAAAUGUCCUUGUAUUUUAACCACUACAAUAUAUAUUUUACCGCUUACCAACCAUUUAGUGCAAUAGUAAAUACUCUGGAAUAACAAAUGGUGGUAACAGUGUCAUCUUUCACUGCUUAUAGAUAUGGGGAACAGCCGACAGUCUUGAGUUAUACAGUCUUCGAUUAAUGCGAGCCUGAACAGUUGUGACCAUCAAAACACUCUGGAAUACGAACGCAUAUAUAAAAGGAAAAUAAAGGGGAAGACUCCCGAACCUUGUUAAGGUGAAAUCGAACACUAUAAUUCCGAAUCCUGCAAGGGUGCGGAACAAAGAAGCGUAUAUUUACAAGCAUAGCAUUUUUGAAGAAAUUUGUAUAAAAAUCUAUUUUUAAACGAACAAAUCGUAGUUGUUCACUUCAAUAACGGUAAAAAUGAGGUAGGUAACGAAAGUGUAUUGAACGUAAAUCAUGCGAAUAAAUUUUGUUCUCUAGA